GCAACUCGGCUUUGGCUUCUGUCAAUCGGAAAAUGGCAGCGACGAGUGUUGUCGUUCUCGACCGUGGAAAUAAUACAACUUGUACCGUAAAUCUUUUCGGAGCUACGGUUGUAUCAUGGAGGGUGAACAAUCAAGAACAGUUAUUUGUAAGUAAACAAGCAGUCUUCGAUGGCAAACGAGCGAUACGAGGAGGGAUACCUUUUGUGUUUCCUCAAUUCGGACAAUGGGCAUUCGGACCGCAGCACGGCUUCGCGCGGAUAGCGCGCUGGCACCUCGAGAAGGCGCCGGAGCGGCUCCCCAGCGGCGACGUGGAGGCCGUGCUCUGUCUCAUAGACGACGACUUCACACGCUCCAUGUGGCACUUCCAGUUCAGACUGACGUACCGACUGAUCCUCCGAGAGAAGGAACUCCACUUCAACAUCGGCGUGUACAACCCCAGCAAGGAACUAACGUUCAGCUGCCAGCUCCUACUUCACACGUACUUCAAGGUGCCCGACGUGCGCCGCUGCCAGAUCACUGGCAUGCACGGCUGCAUGUUCAUUGACAAGGUUCGUUACUUAACCAUCGGUUACAACCCCAGCAAGGAACUAACGUUCAGCUGCCAGCUCCUACUUCACACGUACUUCAAGGUGCCCGACGUGCGCCGCUGCCAGAUCACUGGCAUGCACGGCUGCAUGUUCAUUGACAAGACGCGGGAAGGCACAGUGUACCAAGAAACCCGGGAAGUCGUCACUAUUAACGAAUGGACGGACCGCAUCUACCAAAACACUAUGCAAGAACACAUCAUCACUAACGUCGUCAGCGGCCGCAAGAUGCGGAUACAGAAGUACAACUUCCCUGACACCGUGAUCUGGAACCCCUGGGCGGACUACGCCAAGGAGAUCCCCGACUUCGGCGACGACGAGUUCCCCAACAUGGUGUGCGUGGAGGCGGCGCGCGUCGCCGCGCCCAUCGUGCUGCUGCCCGGCACGGCCUUCGAGGCCUCGCAGAUACUGCAGGUAAUGUAAGCAGAUGGCGCUCCGCCGCUCGCAGCCGUCCAGCGUCGCCCGACUAUACUGACACGCGCACAUUCCUCAGGUAUUUUUUACGGUUAACUUUUCAACGCCAGAUUCCCUACAACUGGACCCGAGGACUUUAUAUUUAAGCAGAGGACCUACCGUGAAUAUUGAAGUUAAAAUUCUCAUUAUCUGAUUUUCUAUCUCUUUUUUUUAAUAUUCGGACGGUAGAGAGGUAGAUAACUAAAUUUCAAUUGGAUAUCUCUGGAUAUUCUUACCUAACCUAACCCUUGAUGACGCAAGUGGCCCUUAGGAGGAUAUAAUCGUGGGCCAACAAACUAUCCAACUGGAAUAAAAUACACUUGUUCAAUGCAAAAUUAGAUAGAAAACAAUUUAAAAAAAAAAUGGUUUCAAGUAUAUUUAUGAAUGCGAAAGGUAAAAUAAUUUUUAAGAGUAUAUUUUACCGUGACGUGGUAUCAUUAAAUAAAAAGGCGUUUGAAUUGUUACCGUUACUUUGUCUAACAUAACAUUUUAGAUUUCCUGUAUUGUUAUUUGACUCACGAAAAUACAAAAAUAAUGACAUCCCGUGUGUACAAUAAACAGUAACUAAUAUACUAUGUAAUGUUUAUUUAAUCAUUUAAGAAAAUUGUAGCAAUAGUAGCGGUGUCACUAAUAUAGCUCACUGCUAUCAAUUAGUUUAUAGGGAGCGUGCAUGAACUGUAGGAGGCAGCACAGGAGCCGUCAGAUUUUUGGCGCGAGGCGUAAAUGUGAUGUUUAUUGUUCCGAUGUAGCCCACAAGAUGGCAGAACCUACUAUGCACAAGAAAACACGUGACGUGUAAAUUUACAUGUUUAUUGUUCCGAUUCAGGCCAAAAGAUGGCAGACCCUCCAACGCGCACGGUCCCUAUAAAAGACAAGAAUACAAAAAAUUGCUCAUAAACUCUUGUACUUUUACCAAAGUUGAAUUGAGUAAGAUGUGUAAAAUUUAAGACAAUUCGUGCUUCGAAUUUGACAGAUAAACGAGAUGCUCUACAGCGCCAUACAUUUUGCGUCAAAAGUUGACGUUUGACAAUUCAGUGGCCGCAAAACGUAUGGCGCAGUACAGCGCCAUCUGUUUUGGAUGUCAAACUAAGGGGCACGUUUUUUUCUUAGACUUUACCUCUCUAUUACAAUCAAUUCUCUUUGCUUCUACAUCAACCUUUGAAUGUAAUAUUUUUAAUUACACUGAUAUGUCAAUUCUGUUAAAAUGAUUUAAGUUGAUUGUUAUUUGUCAACUGAUUUAAAAAUGGCGGAUAACAUAAAAUGUUUAAUUGUUUAACUUAAGUACACUCAUCUUGCCAAACAUAAUUGCUAAUUAUUCUUGUUCUUUAUACAAUAGGGUUGUUUCCAAUUUUUUGAAACGCUCGUAUUACGUUCUAUAGAUAUUAACUAAAAGUUGCCCUAAAAUUCAACUUUUAUACUAAAAACGGCUUUAAAUAUGUUAAAUUAACAAAAUAUAUUUUGACAGAUGCUUUCGCGCCCAAAACGCUCUUUGAAAAUUGUGUGACGUCACAGUUUACGGUUUGACACAUAACUACAUAGGCACGUAGAAGAUACGAACUCUCAACUGACAUUUGUCAUUUGUUGUCUAUCGCCUAACUGUCAACAGUGUCAAUCCGAGAGUUGUGACGUCAUCAGAAUGUUUCGAGUUUGGUCACGUGACGUGUGCCAAAAGAUAUUUUAAAUUCAAUAUUUACAAAAAUAUGGUUAUUACAGGUCCCCUAAAAGUAGUUUAACAUGUUCUUAUAAUCCAAAAGAAUUUAUUGGGAUACAAUUCUGCCCUAAGAUUUGUAGAUGGAAACAACCCUAUUGCUUCAUUUCACGUCUUCCGUACUUCUUGUGAUACUUGUUAUUUCUUUAGCUUUAAUGUAACUUGACUGUACACUAGUUUCCGUUUCCAGUAGUAUCAUUUUGUUAUAUUCAUAUAUUUUGAUGGAAUAAGUAUUAUUCAUUCGAAUUCAGCCAAUGGAUUAAAUUUUUCGCAUUUUCACAUAAUAUUUGACACCAAUUUGGGCAAAAGUGCUCUUUAAGUUUGAAACAUGUUUAAAAAUGUCGUCUUGUCUCGUUGAAAAGAAAACUGAAGUUUUUUUUUCUUUGGGAUCCCUACAAAUAUUUACAGUACAUAUGGCGCUACUUUACCGCACUAGUGCGAUAAUUAGUACAUUAUGUGACUCGAACAUUUAAAGGGCUAUAUGUACUGUAAAACCUACGAUACAUGUGCGAAUAGGUUAUUCUCAACUCGUGUCGAUAUAAAACACUCCCUUCGGUCGUGUUUUAAUGUAUCGCCACUCGUACUAUUUUGAGCAAAAUUAGUACAGUUACUCACAUAAUUGACUUUUGCAAGCGUAGAUUAAGUUAGUUCAGUAUCAGAAUAUAAUCAAACUCUGGUUAUAAUACAUUUUGUAAAGCCUGACCAGUAAUAUAUGAUCACUGGAACUAAAAUUUUCACACUAAACUGAACUGUAACACUAUACAUGAGAAUAACAGCGUCCUCUUGACAAUGAUCAUAUAUUUCUGGUCGGGCUUUCAGUUUCUGUCGCAAAGUUGUUUUUAAUUAUUGAUAGCUCAAAAUACUCAGGCAUUGUUGUGUUAUUCAAUUGUUAUUUACGUAACUGUGGUUGUAAUUUAACAUUAAGUUUUUUCGAUGGGGCGAAGACAGUCUUUCGUUCUAAUAGCAAUUUUGAAUCGCAAUAUAAUAUAAUGUUAGUUUCUUGCCCAAUAAGUUAUACAGUGGAAUCCGCUUAUACCAACUUCUUACUAUGACGUGAUUACUGUGCGAAGUUUGGUUUACAUAUAAAAUUCUUUGUAACAAAGUUGGAUAAGAUGACUUCGCUUAUAGUGACAUAUUGCUUACUAUGACCUAUAAAUCCUAGUUUUGUGAAAUUCUGACCGGUUAUACUGACACAUUCGACGGUUUUUGUGACCGUUUUCAUCACCACGUCUCACGUACGUGGCGUGUAAGUUAUUUUAGUUUUGAUUCUCAGUAACAAGGUGAUAAUUGUUACUAGUUUAAUAAAACUCAUCUCUCACAAUGAGAGAUUAAUUUUAAAAACUUAGUAACAAAGGUCGGCAACGAACUUACAUCCCUCUGGUGUUGCAUCCAUGGGCGGCGGUAAUCGCUUAGCAUCAGGUGAUCCGCCUGCUCGUUUGCUUCCUCUAUCAUGAAAAAAAAAACAUAACAUACAACUAUGCUUUAUAUAACAUCCGCUUAGUGUGAUUUGUUUGUCACUCCUCGAUGUCAUUAUAAGCGGAUUCUACUGUACCUAAUCUUCUAAUGUUUAAGCUUUUAUGCACUAAUUAUACUGAAUGUAUUGCCUCUAAACUAUAUAAAUAAACAUUUAACUGUAAUUUUACAAUUAUGUACAAAUUCCUAAAAAACAUUCCGUGCAUAAUGUACAUAAGCGAACGAUUUGUACAAAUUAAUGUGUUUUUAUUUACUUUUUUUUAUGUACCCUUUAUUAAUUUGAAGAAUUUUGGAGGCUUUUAAAGUAUACGAUGGUAAAUGUAAGAUUAUGUACUUAUAGAUAUAACGAGUUCCUUAAUACGGUCAUGCAAUAUGGAGCACAAGCACAGAAUAAGUAAUUGUACAGAAAAUAAACUUCCUACAAAACCGAAGUUUGACAGCGAUUCAGGGUCGAAUCAUGCUGUCCCUUUCUAAUCCCUAUCGGCUAUUUAGGGUUGUUAAAAUUCAAGUUAUCUUAUCUGUGGUUAUGCACGCAAAGGGAGGCCAAGUUGUGCCAACCCUAAGAAUUGCUCGGAGCAAUGCCGAGCCGAACGGAGCCGAGAAUUCCUGAAAGGAUCAUUUUCGCCCCCAUGCACAAGCUCGAUAUAAUAAUAUUAUACAUACAUAUAAGAAUUUCAACGAACGAACAACUGACGUCUUAGAAUUAUCAUUUUCACUGUUCAAAAGAUAAAAUAUAAGAUUAACGCAACACCAAAUAAAAAUAUGAAAAUAUAUAUUUUCGUUUCUGUGUAUGGUUUUGAUUUUUUGUUAAGUAAUAUGUUGCGAAACUUGCAAAGACGAAUGUAUGAAUAAAGAACUGUUGUUUUAAAGGAAAAAAUAUAAGUACUAUCAGUGCCUCGCAUUGCAUUCAACUUGUAAAUAAAGUAUUCAACUUGGUUCAAUAGAAAUCGUCAGGUGACAAGCAAAACUCACUAAUUACUAAAAAAUUAAUAUCAACUUUAUUUUAGUAGAAAUAUGGUUCAUUAUGGCUAUGAACUUGUCCACGUAAUACGUGAGUCUUGCUUGACGAAAUGGCUAAAAAUGUAAUCAAAUCAAAUGAUGGUACCUAUGACAGCUCCUUCAAAUCUCUUUUGCAUAGGUUUAAUUAAAACAAUAAAUUAAGAAAUAUUUUUUACCGUAUCUUUAUGAAUUAAAUUAAUGUGUUAAACUAGGAAACAAUGUGUACAAACUUUUUUCUUGACAGCUACGCCGAAUAUAAAAAAAAUUGUCAUAGGUACCAUCGUUCCACACGUCAGGUAUAAAAUCAUAUUAUUUUUAUGCUCUUUCGAUUUAUUGACCUUUAUCACUUCGGGCAAAAAAAUUAUUGUAAUAGAGGUAAAGUCUGAAAAAAAAACGUGCCCCUUAGUUUGACAUCCAUAACAGAUGGCGCUGUACUGCGCCAUAUGUUUUGCGGUCACUGAAUUGUAAAACGUCAACUUUUGACAAUCAGAGUUUUUGACAACGUUUACAUGUAAAAUUCGAAGCACGAAAUUGUCUCAGAUUUUACACAUCUUAAUCAAUAUAUAUUAGUUUCAGGUUAUUUCAAUUUAAGUAUGUUUAAUGAAGAAUAACUUUGUACAGUUUUUCAUAUUUGCCCAAUUCCAUUAAAUACAAUAUUAAUUAUUAUAAUACGCUUUUCAGCAUGUAUCGUGGUUUCCCCUUUCCUAAUUCGCCCCUCCCCCACUUUUUGAGAUCCCUCUACAUUCUAACUGUACAAGUUGGAGAGAGACGGACAUAAAUUCCUGCGAUAAAUGCUGACUUGCUAAAUAAUAGCAAAGAUAAUACAUUGAUUGAGUAAGAUGGGUAAAAUCUACAACAAACACAUUACACAAUUCGUGCUUCGAAUUUGACAGGUAAACGAGAUCGCGCUGUACAGCUCCAUACAUUUUGCGGUAACUCUGAUUGUCAAAAGUUGACGUUUGUUAAUUCAGUGACCGCAAAACAUAUGGCGCAGUACAGCGCCAUCUGUUUGAGUUGUCAAACUAAGGGGCACCUUUUUUUCUUAGACUUUACCUCUCUAUUACAAUCAAUUCUCUUUGGUAAUAGGUUUUUAAUUUGCUAACCGAAUAAUAUAAAUUGUCCCCAACUGUGUAUAAGCGCUAUGAACGAAUAAUUUUAUUAUACUUGUCAUAAAAUCUUAUUUAUCUUCCUACUCCCACCUACUUCCUACCACGAUUCUACUUAUAGUACUACGUAUGUAUUACUUCAAUGAAAUUUAACCUUUUUGACGCCAAUGACGGAUAUAUCCGCACCGUAGGUCCAACGCCGAAGACGGAUUAAUCCGUCACAGACCACGGAGCAACAUAGCCUACGUGCAUAUGCAUAAAGUUCAAUUUCAGUUUUCACAAUUCGGUGACCUGCGUGACAGCUUUUGUGUUUGACACGGCGUCGAAAAGGUUAAACCUUUUUCAAGUAAAAUAGCGUAUUUUAUUUUGUUUCGUUUGACUUUAAAUCAAAGCAAAAUCGACUUUAUGUCCUGGACUAUUGUUUCAAAUUCCUCUGUCGAUUUUUUGUAUGGUGAUCCUUUAUAUAUUAUGAUAUAACAUUUAAGAUUCAACAACUAGUGUUCGUCCUUAAGCGUAUGUGCAUGAGGUUGAUUUCACAAUUUCAAGGAUAACUCGUUUUUGUACUAAGUGUGUACGAGCUGUACAUUUGUAUGGAAUAUCGUUGUAAUAAUUAUAGUGGAAACAUCGAAGUUAGCAACGAAAGUGUACUUCAAUAGGUGCAAUAAAGUGAAGUAAUAAAAUUA